GUACCUCGUCUAAUUUAAUGUCCAAUGAUUGCACGUUGGCGAGUAGUAUUGACGGUAACGGCAGCUUUCCCACUCGCCUACUCCGGGUCCUGACGAGGCAUCCGGUUCUUUGUCCUCUGUACCUGUGUCGCUUCCUCUUGCAAAUAACGGGGAUGCCGGGUGUUUGGAGAAUGUCCUUGUUGUAGAAACAAUCUGCGUCUAAUCCGAGGACUGUAUGUGAGAGAGGAGGUGAUAGACAUGAAGUCUGAGGAGCUGUCUUACCUAGUCUCUGGUCUUAGUCCCUUCACUGAAUACACCUUCACCGUUACCGCAGCUACCACUAUUGGAGAGGGUCCUGCCUCACACGUCUCUGAGAAGACCCGCGAGCAGGUUCCUAGCUCAGUGGUGGCUGUGUCCUAUCAGAAUGUUAGCUCCACUUCCAUCCUGGUCAGCUGGACUCCGCCCCUCUACCCCAACGGACGAAUCACACAUUACACCCUUUACGGACUCAACCUGCACAGCAACCAAGCCCUGCAGAGAGUUACACACAACACCAGCAUACUGCUCACAGGGCUGGGGAAGUAUACAGGUUAUAAGCUGCGAGUGGCUGCAUCUACUGCUGUAGGAGAGGGCUCUCUGUCUGACCGAGACGAUAUCUUCGCUGUCACACCCGAGGAUGAACCUGACUCCCCACCCAUAGGAUUAACAGUGGUAGACACCUCUCCUUCCACCACCACCCUCUCUUGGUCGCCCCCGGAGAGAGCCAAUGGGGUGAUUCAACAGUAUGAGGUCCUGUACGAGAACCAAUCAUAUGUGGCAGUGUUGAACAGCUCUGUCCCCAGAGUGACUUUGACAGGGCUGAUGCCGUUCUCCUACUAUAACGUGUCUGUCAGAGCAUACACACGCCUCGGACACGGGAACCACACCUCAGACACACUCACUAUGCUGUCUGGGGAGGACGUACCGGGAAGUCCUCCCUACGGCCUGUCCUAUGAGUCCGUCAGUCCCAAUGAGGUGAAUGUGACCUGGGAACCCCCCCUAGUGCCCAAUGGAGUUAUCACGCACUACAGCCUUGAGCUGCGAAACUCUUCCCACUUCCUCAACCUGACCACACCCAUUAGCCACGUCCAGAUCACUCACCUAAGGAAGUUUGCGCAAUACACUCUGGUGGUGAAGGGACACACACGAAUGGGCCCUGGAAACCACAGCAGUGACCCACUCAACAUCACCACACUGGAGGAUGGUGAGAGCCUCUCUAACACACAAACACACCCCAGAACCACCGCAGUAAACCACUAUACAUCACCCCAAUGGAGUGAGGGAUCUGGGGUAAGAGGGGGGAGGCUAACGUUCUCUCCUUCUUCCAGUCCAUUUCCCCUAGCAACCUGGUUGGUCUUAAAUAAUAGGAAGUGUGUUUCAGACCCAGACACUCCCCCUCAGUUCCUGUUAGCCAGGAAGUUGUCAGACUACGAGGUAGAAUUGUCAUGGGAACCGCCGAAAGAGGCCAACUCUGAGAUCCUCUACUACAUAGUCAAAGUCUGGAAUGAGUCAUCUGAGGUGUGGCAGAAUGUAACAGGUACAGCGGUAGUGGUCAACGUUGACUCAGAAAGUCGCUUCAACGCCUCUGUCUCCAGCUGGACACGCCUGGGGGACGGGGGAGUCCUCAUAUACAUCAGCUUCAGUAUUAUUGACACAGUGCCAUUUGACCCACCCCAGAAUCUGUCGUUGGUGAACCUGACAUUUUCUUCAGUGACCGUCCUCUGGCAACCCCCCACUCAGCCAAAUGGAAUCCUCCUUCACUAUACUCUGUACUACUCAGACAAUACCACUGUCACGGAGCAGCGUAUCCCAGUGUCAGAGCUGGACCCUGUCUCUCUGGGGGAGGACCUGUCCUACUGUCUGUCUGGCCUGAGAGGAGGACAGAACUACAGCCUCUGGCUGACCUCAAGCACCAUGCAGGGGGACGGAGGGGUCCGUACUGAUCCUUUAGACCUACUCACCCCAGAUGGCGCCACGGGACCUCCAGCUCACCCUGCCUCUCCUGCCCUGCCAAGCCCAGCAGGGCUCACUGCCCUGGGCUCAGACACCCACACACCGCCCUCUCUCCUCCACCCAUCCAUCCACUUCACCAGCCUCUCAAUCUGCCUUCAUUCAGUCAGUGAUACUAAUUCCCCCUCUCUCCCCACAGUUCCCAGUGAUCCGGUCCACAAUCUCAGUGCUCAGAUCUUCAGUUCUACAGCCAUCAUAGUAAGCUGGGAUCCCCCUAUGGAACCCAACGGACGCCCCUUCUACUUGCUCACCCUGCAGGAAGCAGGACACCCCCAACCUCCUAAACCUCUGAACCCCUCUUACCCUAACACCAACCCCCCCGGACCCCCCACUGUCAACAAUACCAUCACCAAGACAACCAACGAUAACGUCUUCCUGUUUACCAAACUCAGGAAGUACUAUCCCUAUGUCUUCACCGUUACCCCGGCAACCAGCGCCGGCCCGGCCCACAACCACACCAGCCUGCUGCAUGUGAGGACUGAUGAUGAUAUUCCCAGUUCAGCUCCAGUGCUGGUGUCCAGUAGGAACCUGUCGUCCUCCUCUGUGUCUGUGGUGUGGCAGCGCCCCCUGGAGGCCAACGGAGAGAUAACAGAGUAUUCCCUCACCAUGUUCGGCCCUGGCGGCUCCAACACCACACACACCCCCAACACCACCCUCACACUCACACAGCUCCUGCCCUACACAGCCUACAACCUCUCCAUCACCGCAGCCACCCGCAAGGGCUCCGGACCCCCGCUACUACUGAUGCUGCACACAGAUGAAGCAGGUCCGAUGUCUCCUCCCCGGAACCUGUCUCUGUAUAACCACACAGCCUUCUCUGUGUGGCUGACCUGGGAACCCUCUCUGGAACCCAAUGGUGUGGUCACAAACUACGGCUUCAGGAUCUGGGAGAUUAACACAAACACAAUCAGAUAUCAGAACUCUACAGGUCCGUGGACAGAAGGACAGCUGAGUGGGUUCAGGCCUCACAGCUCCUAUGAGAUCAGUGUACUUAGCUACACCAGAGUGGGUCAUGGAGACCAGUAUAGCACUCCUGUGUCCUUCACAACCAAUGAGUCCGUGUCUGAAGUGGUGGGUAACCUAUCCUGCUCUGGUCUGGGCUGGGACUCUGUGUUUCUACACUGGGAGCCUCCAGCCAACCCCAAUGGACUCAUCCUGUACUACCAGGUCCAGGUGGACAGACACUCAGACUCACAGUCAUACAUACACCAGGCUGACACAAACCAGUAUACGGUCAGUGGGCUGGCGCCGGACGCAGAAUUCACACUCACCGUAACGGCUGUCAACUCUGCCGGCCCAGGAGACCAGGUCAACUGUACUGCCCACACACACCCCGAGUCAGUUCCUGGUGUCCCUCGAUUCCUGAGUGUGUCAGAGACCACGUCCACCAGCGUGACGCUCCAAUGGGCUGCUCCCCUCUCUGCUCUGGGCAUGCUCACUGAGUACCGCAUCACCGUGCAGCUGCUGUCACCUGACUGCCUGUCCAACACACCCCUUUCUGAAGCCACACACCUCCCAGAGCCGAGCCCUUCCCUGGCUCCAGGCUGUGUGGAUCAGGAGGUGUUGGUGUCAGUGAAUGGUUCUGAUGGUGGUGAGGGCAACAGAAGCAUCACUCUCCAGUCUCUGGCCAAGUACCGCCUCUACCGCUUCAGAAUCACAGCCCUUACUAAUGCUGGGCCAGGAGAACACACACCCUGGAGAUACACACACACACUGGCUGGGAACCCUGAUGCCCCUCCCAGCAACCUCUCAAUGACCAUGUCCUCCAACGGCCUCCGUAUCGAAUGGCAACUCCCAGAUGUGAUUACCGGCCCCACUUCCUACCUCAUAGACGUAAUCUCUCUGGAUAGCGAGGGGUUAAACCAGUCUGUAGUGCGCGGCCCAGAGGAGCUGAGGACUGUAGUUGUGUCGAACCUGACUGCGUUCACUCGCUACUCUGUGACCGUGACCGCCUUCACUGGACGACUGGAGAACGCACGGCGGGACGGACAGGCCACUGAGCCCACUGUCAUCAGAACAAUGGAGGAAGAGCCCAGGGAUCCUCCUAAGAACGUGACCCUCCAGGUAAUUCCAGAGGAAGUGACCCGUGUGUUUGUGACCUUUGCCCCCCCGGAGGAGCCUAAUGGGAAUAUCAGUUCCUAUACGGUGCUGGUCUACCGCCAGGGCCAGCUAGAGAUGACCAUCAACCGCCUCAUCGUGGUCCAAAACGAGAACCGCACCCUGACCGCAGUCAUCGACGGGCUGAAGGGAGGCUACAACUAUAGUAUACGGAUUGCAGCGGUAAACGGAGCAGGUUUAAGCCCACCCAGCUCAGAGGUUCAGAUCACUACAGGGAUCAAAGCUCCUGCCAAGCCCACCCAGAGACCCCAGGUGGUGCUGGACCGAGGAGGAGUUGCCAUGGUAACUUCCAGAAGCAUUAUUGUUCGCAUGCCAGCCUGUUUCUACAGCAAUGACAACGGACCAAUCAGCAGCAUCCAGGUCAUCAUGUCUGAAUCUGGGGUGAUGGACAGCAUGAACCUGACCAACUGGAAGACAGCAUUUCUCUCUCGUUCCGCCCCCUACCUAACAGACAAUGGCUUCCCCAACCCACUCUGCGUGAGGGACCGUAUGAGCAGGGACACACAAACCAGCAGACUCACUUUCUCACGCAUUAGACACAGCAUUGUGAGGGACAGGGUUCUGGAACAUAGAGACUCAGGGGGGGAGCGCAUAGACCACCAGGAUGAUCAUUAUGUCAUCGGAGAGAAGGACAACUGUCUGACUGAAGAGUACAGUAACACACUCUGUAACGGACCCCUCAAACCAAACACUGUCUACGUGUUUAAGUUCCGAGCCACCAACAUCCGGGGCCAGUACACAGACUCUGACUACUCUGAGCAUAUCAGAACAGCAGUGGAUGGGUUGUUGACCAGAGAUGAACAGAUCAUUCUGGGAGUUCUCCUCUCCUUCUUCCUGGCCCUGCUGCUCAUCCUCAUCAUCUACGCCUCUGUCAGGAUCCGUCAGCGUCAGAAGGAGGGCGGAACCUACUCUCCCCGGGAGGCGGAGAUUAUAGAGACCAAGUUUAAACUGGAUCAACUGAUUGCUGUGGCUGACCUGGAGCUGAAGGAAGAGAAACUACACCGACUUCUCAGCUACAGAAAGUCUCUCAAGCCGGUCAAUAAGAAGUCUUUCCUGCAGCAUGUAGAAGACCUGUGUGCCAACGAGAACACCAAGUUCCAGGAAGAGUUUGCAGAGUUGCCCAAACUGCUGCAGGAUCUGGCUACUUCAGACGCUGACCUUCCCUGGAACAGAUCCAAGAACCGCUUCACUAACAUCAAACCCUACAACAACAACCGUGUGAAGCUCUUGUCUGAACCUGGCAUGCCUGGAUCUGACUACAUCAACGCUAGCUUCAUCUCAGGUUACCUGUGUCCUAGUGAGUUCAUAGCGACCCAGGGUCCUCUCCCCGGCACUGUGGCUGACUUCUGGAGGAUGAUCUGGGAGACUCGCACACGAACCAUCGCUAUGCUCACACAGUGCUAUGAGAAAGGAAGGAUCCGGUGUCACCAGUACUGGCCAGAGGACAAUAAGCCGGUGACAGUGUUUGGGGACAUCAUCAUCACCAAGCUGACAGAGGACGUUUAUCCUGACUGGACCGUCAGAGCUCUCAAAGUGGAGCGGCAUGGGGACUACAUGGUGGUUCACCACUUCAACUACACCUCUUGGCCAGAGCAUGGCGUACCAGAUUCCAGCACCACACUCAUACAGUUUGUUAGAGCCAUCAGAGCCAACAGGCAUGAGAACACCACUAUAGUGGUGCACUGCAGUGCUGGCGUGGGCAGGACAGGAGUGUUUAUAACGCUGGAUCACCUGAUCCAACACGUCAGUGAUCACGAUUUUGUGGACAUCUACGGUCUGGUGGCUGAACUACGCAGUGAGAGGAUGUGUAUGGUGCAGAACCUGGCCCAGUAUAUGUUCCUACACCAGAGUACUCUGGAUCUGCUGAACAGUAAAGGAAACAGCCAGUCCAUCUGGUUCAUCAACUACUCUGCUCUGGAGAAGAUGGACUCACUGGAAGCUAUGGAGGGUGAUGUUGAGCUGGAAUGGGAGGAGACUACGAUGUAAAGGCUGAGAACUUAUCAGUCAACUUCACACCUGAUGAACACACACCUAUCCCUGGGUCAUGGGGCCAAAUCCUGGACACACUGACUGUUUGUCAGAUGGAUUGCUCCACCAGAGAUAGAGAAAGAGGAGGGAGAGAUGAUAGAAAGAGAUUGAAUUGUGUAGUCCAAACAGAGUAAUGUUUCCUCCAGCUUCUUUGGGAACACAAGUUGCCUUUUUUCUGGCAGGAGGGUCAAAACAACACAACAGAAACUUAGUUGUUUACCUGGCCUGAAUCAUCACACCAUUACAGUCCUCGUGGAGUCCUGCAUCUUUUGUAUAAGUCCACAGGCAGAAAAGAGAGGGAUAUAUAUCACACAUGGAAGUUUACAGGUAUCUUGCAAUAGUCAUUCCACUGUGUAUUUCAUUGGAUUCUUGUAUCAUGUUUUUGUAUAUUAAGUUUUUCAGCCAAAUAGUGUUGUCACUGUGUUCAUAUGUUUGCUUCGCUGUGUUACUACGUUCAUAUCACGUGUUGCUAUGUUUGUCAUUGUAAUUGGGGGGUUUGAGGUAUAAUGUAUUUGUGGGGUGUUCUUGUGUAUUUGAUGUAUUUUGUUCCACAUCUGUGUUUUGGACCAGAAGUAAAAUCAACUCCACUACUCAC